AUUGCAAAUUUUGAUGUAGCGCGAAAACAAAAUGAAACAACUAAUGAAAUUCCUGAUCUUAAUAAAGAACCAUAUCAUGGCAUUGAUACCUUUGAAGAUAUUAAAAAACUUGUUACAAAUGGUUACAGAGAAAAAAUUUCUUUUGCCCCUACACAGGAUUAA